UAAAAAAGUUCCGGUAAAAUUUACACGAACUGUUCAGGCGAUUUUUUACGCCUGAAACUUCAGGCGAAACAACUGAAUGUUCGAUCGAUGCGUUCUGACGAUGUCUUUUGCCUGAACAGUUCAGGAUUAGUUUAGAUCAACAGUUACAGUUAAUAUAAAUUAUUCCUGAACUUUAGACAAACUGCACGAACCCGUAAAAACCGGAACUUUUAAUCUUAACUUUUUGCUUUUUAAAAGAAUGUGCUCGGUAAUGUUAAAAAAUUUAAACACUCAUGAGUUGAUUAAUCAUUUGAUUUCAAAAGGAAUUUCUGUGGAAACAACUGCUAAAUUGUCAAGAUGUCAAUGUGUUGUUACCUUUGCCCCAAAGAUUUUUCAACUGUUGCUUUUUACAUAAAUCACUUGAGGAACUUUCAUCUUUUGUUUGAGCCUUGUCAACUUCGUUGUAAUGUUGAUGGUUGUAUAAGAUUGUUUACUACAUACAAUAUGCUUAGAAAACAUAUAAAUAAAGAUCAUGCCAGUUUUGUAGUUAAUAUUGCUCGAACAUUUAGCAUAAGUUGUGAAAAUCCAGUAACACCUACUUCUGAAGCUAAAAGUGAAAUUAAAAUAGACAAAGAAUGUGAGAUAAAAAUUGAUGACGUUGCCUCACCUAUUGUUGAUGAGUAUGGCAUAUCACAAGCAGCAUUAAAAUUUAUUAUGGCUUUAAUGUCUUCCAGUUCUAUUCCUCUAAGUACUUCAGAGUUUGUUAAGAGUUGUUCACAAAACCUAAUUGAAGACAUACUUAGUUAUUUACUAUGUAAAACAAUUGCUAUACUGAAAACAUAUAGGUGUGAGAAACAUGUAAUUGACAAUUUAACAGAAGAGUUUAACAGAUGGAAAACACCUUUUAGUGGAAUUGAUUCACAACAUCGAAUAUUAUCAUAUUUGAAAAAUAAAGGCCUAUAUAUUGAACCAGUACCACAUUCAAUGGGUGAACGAUGGGAUACAAAACGUGACAGAAAGACUAAAAGGCAAAUGCAAGUCAAAGUAAAAGAUUUGUUUUAUUACAUACCUAUUGAAAGCACAAUAAAGCUUGUGUUGCGACAGCCAGAAGCCUUGAAAAUGUUAAAAGUGGAGCAAAUAUCUAAUUUAGAUUUUGUUGAAGAUUGGUUUUGUAGUGAAAAUGGAAAAAAAUUAAUGGCAUAUGCCAAAUUUAAAUUUCCGAAAAGUUUCCCUUUGUUUAUUCAAAUUUACUUCGAUGAAGUAGAGACCACAAAUCCUCUUGGAUCAAAAACAGGCAUUCAUAAACUUGGUGCCUUUUAUUUUGUGAUAAAGAACUUUCCUCAUGCGGCAAACUCAGCCUUGAACAACAUUCAUAUGUUAGCAUUAACUCACGCAAUAGACAUAAAGAAAUAUUCAGCAGAACCAGUGAUAAAAGUGAUUGUAAAUGAAUUGCAAAAACUUCAUGACGAAGGAUUUGAUAUUUUUAUUGAAGGCAAAAAAACUAACUUUAGAUGUUUACUAACCCAAAUUGUUGGAGACAAUUUAGGUCUGCACUCUAUAUUAGGAUAUAUGGAAAAUUUUAGUACUGUUUCUUUUCCAUGUGACAUGUGCAUGAUAUCACAAGUUGACAUACAGCAUGUUUUUAAAGAAGAAAAACAAGCUCUCAGAACAGACAUUUUAUACAACUCUCAAGUUCAUCAGAUGCAAAGAGGCAAAAUUUCUAAUAAGAACUGUGGAAUUAAGCGGUUUACUUGUUUAACUGAAUUGCCAUAUUAUCAUCCUGCUUCGAAUGAUUCUGCAGACAUAAUGCAUGAUAUUUUUGAAGGAGUUAUUCCGUGCGAAGUUAAAUUGUUUCUUUACCAUGUGUUGUAUGAUGUCAAAUGUAUCUCCAUUACAGAACUGAAUAGGCGAAUCAAGUUUAUGGAUUAUGGUAUUGUCUGCAGCUCAAAACCUAGUACUAUUAAUGAGUCGCGUAUGAAAAGUACUGACUCUUUACUAGGUCAACGCUCUGCUCAGAUGCUUACACUGUUUAUGUAUUUGCCACUUAUUUUGUCUGAUGUUAUUGAUAAAGUAGAUACACAAAAGUGGAAACUUUACCAAAUCUUAAAGCAAUUGUGUGAUAUAAUCUUAUCUCCAAAUUUAAAUUGUUUACAAGUCACGUAUAUUGAGGAGUUAGUAAUGGAACAUCAUUCAUUGAUGAAAGAAUGUUAUCCUGAGAAAAAACUUCUUUAUAAGCAUCACCGAAUGAUUCAUUAUGGAACUAUUAUAAAACGAAGUGGGCCUCUUCUUCACAUGAUUGUUAUAAGGUAUGAAGCCAAGCAUAAUUUUUCAAAAAGAUUAGCUCAUAUUGUUUGCAAUUUUCAGAACAUUUCUUAUUCAAUUGCAAAAAGACAUCAAAUUGCUCAUGCUUUAGCAUGGAUGACUCAUGGUCCCCUAAAAAUCAUUACUGAUGUAAAAAAUAGUGCAAUGUUUUUAGUUUCAGAAUUAAAGAACAAAAAUCUUAUUAUUCCCUUUAUUGGUGAAGAAAGUGAGGUUUUAGCUGUUGAUUGUGUUACCGUUUUGGGUCAGAAAUUUAGAUCAAGUGAAACAAUUCUUUAUGAUUUUAAUAGUGAUGGUGAACCAAGUUUUGCUCACAUUGACCAGAUUUUUGUUCAUUGCGAAGUUGUGUAUUUUUUCACAACAAAGUGGAUUGUCCACAAAUACUGCAAUCUAUCUUUAUCUUACUGUUGUUUACUAGAUAACCAAAAACUAUGUAUAAGAACAUGUGAUAUAAUAGAUUACAAACCUCUUAAUGCAGUGCGUUGUUUGAAAAUAAAUUGCCCAUUCAUGCACAUUAUCUUGAAUCAUCAACUAUGUCAUGAUAACUUUCUAUACCUACCCCACGAAAUAUCUGGCGAUAUUGAACAAUCCACAGAUUUUGUGCAGACAGAGUGUUUACAAACUGAUUUCACUGUUGAAAAUAAUCUUGUUUCACCUAAUCAGACUAGUUCUAGUACUAGUUUAUCAACUUCCAAUCCCUUUUCAGAUUCAACACAUUCACGUGAUAGCGAUGUUCUUCAUACUCCAUAUCCAGUACUUAGAAUAGACAAUAUCAAAUUUGAUGUUCGAAAACUGCUUGAUGAGCAUCAGACAGGUAAACGUGUCAUUGUUGAAUAUGAGACAACUGGAAUGUUAAUAAAGUACAGAUUUGAAAUGGUUCAUAUCCUUGUUAACAUUAUGGUAAAUAAAGUUGGAAACAUGUAUCCAUCAAGAGCAACAAAAACAAAUCUUGCUAUGUCAAUUAUUAAUGCUUUUCCUAAACUGCACUCUGGUGGACCUCUAGGAUAUGAAAAUUACUAUUGCGCUUAUAAGGAAGUUGAAGUAAAUGGCAAAAAAAAGAAAAUAACACCUCAUGGACAUAUCGAGGAGCGGCUGAAAACAAUUAGGAAGUUUGAUGGUGUCCAUGCCCAAUCUACACGAAAACGAAAAUCCGUUUCUCAAACGACUUUUGAUGUUGCAGUUCCUUUUUCAAAUGAAGAACGAAACAUUAUAAGUGAGUUGUCAUUUGAUGACAUUCAGUAUGACCGAAAACAAUAUAUUCUUGAAAAAACUAGAGUAUCGCGAAGAAACUGGAUUCUGUCAUCAAAACCACCUUUUCAUGAAUUUAUUCGGAAAUUUCCCCCAUUUAAAGAUUUAGGAUUUGAUUUUCAAAGAGAGUUUACAGCAACAUUUGAAAAUGCUAAAGAUUUGCUUACGCAAUGGGAGGAUAUGGCUCCUCAUGUUAUUACUUGGGCUCGUAGAAAGGAGAAUCCGAUGGCAAAGCAACUACUUUUAGAGCUUGACAGCCAGCUAAUACCUGCAAAUCAUCGAUAUAUGGAGUUUGCAUUUCACUUGCUUCCAUACAUUCUUCAAGUGCCUCCUAGAAAUAAGGAUCGACCGUCUACAGCUGAAGUUGCAGCUCACUUUAUUCAAAUCUUUCCUGAAACUACAGCUAUGGAGACGAUAAUUGAUGCAAAUAGACAUACCUCUUUCAUGCAUCCAUUUGUUAUUGCACUAGGGGCUCGAGGCAAUUUGAUUCAGUCAUUUAUUUUUAUAGAAGACAAUGUUAUUCCUAUUAGAAAUGGCAUGUUAAGUGCAGUCGACCGUUUGCUGAAACUAUAUUUUGUAAUCGAUAUUAAAUAUGCGAAAGAGUGCAAACAUGUUUUACAUUUUUUGCAAUGUGUAGUUAUGGGUAUUCAUGACGAUUUGCCGUUGUCAAGAGGAGGCAGUGAUCUUUCGUUGUUUGUUAAUGAAAAAUUAAGGAGUGGAUAAACUUUUAAAUGUUUUUAUUUUAAAGGGUACGAAAAUAUAUUAUAUCAAGAAAAUAUCACGUACUUUAUAAACAAUCAUGUUUGUAAUUCUGUUGAAACUUAUAAUAUAAAUUAUAAAAUUGUUUAAUUGAAUAAACAUGAGCUUUUUUUUUUUAA